AUGACCAUGAAACGCAUCGCUUCAGAACUCGCAAACAUUCAACGCGACGACGUUGAGACAGGCUUGACACGCUCGAUAGACGUUCAAGACUCAUUACACUGGGUCGCGCACAUAAGAGGCCCAGAAGGAAGUGUCUAUGCCCAAGAGACAUGCAUUAUCAACAUUGCNUUUUCAGAGAACUAUCCUCGCGAUUCUCCUCGACUCACCUUCACGACACCCUUAUUCCAUCCGAACGUUUCUGCGGUUGGCAACCUACGGCUUGCUGAAUUCGAUCAAUCACAGUGGAGUCCGGCUAUCACCAUCCGAACCAUAUUGAUAUCGCUUCAAGCCAUGCUUUCGGAUCCGAAUCUGCUCGAGGGCUGCAUACUGAAUGAGGAAGCUGCAGCCUUGUAUCUACGAAACCCAGAAGAUUUCAAGAAGAGAGCAGGGCAGUGGAUGGAGCUACACAGCGAUUGA